CUUUUCUAGACUCCCUAUCUCCACCUAACGACACAUCCGCCCCCUCGGCUCCGAGCUCUCCAGAAAGUUCCUCACCGAAGAGGAGGAGUGGUUAUAAGAACAGCCAUCUUCAACCACGACGGCGAGAGAGACACCGGACCGGAGCGACGCUGUGUUAUAACUGAGAAGUGAGUAUACUUUAUUAUAACCUUCAUUUUCCAGUCAGUACUGAGCUAAUAUGCUAACGUAGUCAUUCAAUUCAGUCAUUUCUCGAAAGGGAAAUUUCUACACGUGGUCUUACUGCCACCUCCCCCUCAUUUUACCGGUGUGGAGUAUACUUCAGUGUACGCCGGUUCACAUUAAAUUAUAUUUCUAGAUAAACCUAAAACGUUUAAUACACCUUAUUGUUUUUAUGAAACUGUCACUCUUGUAGUUUGUAGCUUUCUCGUAGCUACUUUACUCACGGUGGCAGUUAAUCUAACAUCCACCUCGUGGGGUUGUAAAGUAUGUGACAGCAUAUGUUAGCUAAUGUGUCUCUAAAAACGUGUUUUUCUGGUUUGUUGUGUUGUAGUUUAUCACCAUGGUUCACGAAACCGGCUACUACGACCUCCUGGGCGUUCAACCCAGCGCCACAAUGGAUGAAAUAAAAAAAGCGUACAGAAAACUAGCCUUGAAAUAUCACCCCGACAAGAACCCCAGUGAAGGAGAGAGGGUGAGUGGGUUAUAUAACAGCUUUCGGGGGUCCCUGCAGCCGUUUAUGGUCCACUGGAAUGUCCUGUCUAUAUAUAAACUGCACAGCGAGUUAAGAACUUUCUAGAAAGAGCUGGACUCAGCUCCUGUGUGAAGGCGAGGCAAGAUAACUCCACAGUCACUACGCUGUGAUGCAACAGGAUACUUCUUAUAGUUAUUGGGAAAUUAAUUUUACAGUCAGGAUAACCAGUGCCUGACUGGUAAAUCCAACAUGGAAAGUAACUGGGUAGCUUUCUGUGUACAUGCACUUUUUUGAGUAUAUCUUGACAUCUUUUACUCUCGUAGUUUUUGUGGAAAGUCUUGUUCUUUAUAUCACAUUAGUUUAUCAGUUCAUAAAAAAUUAAUAAGGGUACAAGCUUUCCAAAACCUGCAUGUCUGCCAGCUACGGUGGCAAAAUUCUGUGAAUUAAGGGAAAUAUAUGGAAAUUAACGGGAAAAAAAUCUGAAAUUUACAAAAUUGAAGGUUGGCCCUUAACAGGGAACUUAAAUAUAAUUGUGGAAAAUAUAUUGUAGCAAAAUCUUGGCUAAAACAACCAGAUUUAAUGCAAGCACACUCCUUAAUCACAUGCACAUUUCUGUUUGGAUAUGAUACAGUUUGUUUAAAUUACCCCCAAUUUCCAGUAAAUUCCCAUAAAUUCCCAUAUUUCCUAUGGUACGUUUCCAAUUUGGAGUAUUUCCAAAAUUUCCCAGCUUAACUUCCCAUGGAAAGUCUCUGGAAAUUUACCGGAAAUUUUCUGCCCCUUUGCAACCCUACUGCCAGCUGACUGACAUCUACAUCUGCUGUAAAGGAGGAGAGCUUGCAUGCUGUAAACACAAUAAGACAGUCUUUUACAGCUGGAAAGAAGGUUUGAGAGUUUGACCCUCACAACUCAAUAACUCACCCAGAAAAUUUUUUUUUUUUUACAAAACUGACACCUUGUUCCACUCAUAGUGAAGUAAACCGCAAACUUCAACUUAACUUUAAUCAGUAUAGAUGCCUGUUUGCAAGUUGGACAGCCCAAAGUCUGUUGUGUCAUCAGAAUUAUCAUCUCAUGUUGGUUUGUUGGUUAUACUUUUGAACAGUUAGUUAACAAAGAUCCUGAUGUCUUUGCCAACGUUUUCAGAUUCCCAUAAGAAAAUCAUCCAUCGCUCUAAUAAUACAGAAAACAUAUUUUUGUUUUGUAUAAACCCAUACUUUCAUCUACAGUUAUUGCUGCUUUCCUAGUACCUUAAGUCACUUGAAGAAGCACCCACAGUUCAUUGAAGUCAUUGAAGUUUUCGGAGCUUUAAUACCAGAAAAAACGCUUUGACGGUAGCCAAUGAUUUACACACGCACAUCAGAUAGAAUAUGUGUACACUAUGCGACGUGUAUCAUUGCAAACAAAGAACAUGAAGCACGGUCAACAAAAAUUACUGCUACCUAGGCUCACCUCUCCACCCCAGUGCAGGUAAGACCGCCCCUUAUAUGAACUACUAGCUUUUAAACACAGUGCCUACGUGAUCCAAACCCAGCGAAACCAAUGGCAACCAGACCAAAGUAACUGAACACAGGAUAACCGAUAAACAAAGCAACACUAUGGCUCCUACAACAGUAAUGCCACAAUAAUAAAUUACUUUCUUCCUUUGUAUUGGGGAUGCAAAAUAUAUCUUGUGGGUAAAACUGUACUCUGCAGCGAACUUGAUCUGAGUUGUUUUUUUAAAGAAAGUUUUCAUGAGUCUGUGUUUUAAUUUUUUUAAAACAAAAACAAACAAAUUUUUUUUGUCCACAGUUCAAACAUAUCUCUCAGGCAUAUGAGGUGCUAUCAGAUGCACAAAAGAGAGACUUGUAUGAUCAAGGAGGAGAGCAAGCAAUCAAAGAAGGAGGCAUGAAUGAAGGAUCGCCAACGGAUAUUUUCAACAUGUUCUUUGGAGGUGGUGGAAGGAUGCAGAGAGAGAGAAGAGGUAGGAUAUAUUUUAGUACAUGUUCAAAGUUAACUAGUGGCAGUUGGGACUGAUUUUUUUUUUGUGAAUACCUACAAAACAGUCUUUGAACUCACCUAUUCAUUUGUCCCCAAGGGAAGAACGUUGUCCAUCAACUUGGUGUAACACUGGAGGAAAUAUACUUGGGCACCACAAGGAAACUUGGCCUCCAGAAGAAUGUGAUUUGUGAAAAAUGUGAAGGUACAGUCUUAUUUUUAUGUUUAUGUGAUACCAUGUACAAAAGAAACUGCCCAAAGGUACUGUGAGUAACAUCCUGUUUUCUUUUUCAGGAUACGGGGGUAAAAAAGGGGCCUUAGAGAAGUGCUCAAGUUGCAAAGGAAAAGGAGUACAAAUUAAGGUGCAACAGAUUGGACCAGGUAUGAUUCAGCAGAUCCAGAGCAUGUGUGCAGAGUGCCAAGGUCAGGGUGAGAAGUUUAAUUCAAAGGACCGCUGCAAAAACUGCAAUGGACACAAAGUACAUCGCAAGAAGAAAAUCCUGGAGGUUCACAUUGACAAGGGUAUGUGUUUUCCGGCCCAAAUAUUUCACAUUAGUAAAGUGAUUGUAGUUGAAAUGAGUUGUCGCAGCAUGCUAACCAGUAAAUGUGUGAUGCACAGGCAUGAAAGAUGGUCAGAAAAUUACAUUCCAUGGAGAAGGUGACCAGGAGCCUGGACUGGAGCCUGGAGAUGUAAUCAUUGUGCUGGACCAGAAAGAGCACUCUGUUUUCCAGAGGAAUGGUGACGAUUUAAUGACAAAGAUGAACAUCAAACUUGUGGAGGCCCUGUGUGGUUUCAAAAGAAGUAUUACAACACUAGACAACAGACAACUCAUCAUCAACUCACCACCAGGUAACUAUUUAAUCUGCUAAUUUACAGAACAGGAACUUUUUGUUAUUUGCAUUAAAGUAUGUUUUUUAAAAUAUCAUGAAUUUGUUUUUAUCAACAGGUCAAGUAAUCAAGCAUGGUGACCUCAAAUGUGUUCAGAAUGAGGGCAUGCCAAUUUACAGGGAUCCAUAUGAAAAAGGCCAGCUGUUCGUUCAGUUCCAGGUACAUUUGGAAAUAGUUCCUCAGUGGUGCAAGUACAAUUUAAGUGUGUUGAAGAAACAUCAGUUCAAGCCUUUUUUAAUUUAUGCCACAGGUGGAGUUCCCAGAAAAACAUUGGCUACCAGAGCAUCUCAUGUAUCAGCUGGAGAGACUGCUUCCUGCCAGGGAUGAUGUGAUGAUCACUGAUGACAUGGAGGAGGUGGAUCUCAUUGAGGCGGAUGUGCAAUCACAACAGAGAAACUACAGCAGGGAAGCUUAUGAGGAGGAUGAUGAGAAUCCCAGAGGUGGAGUCCAAUGUCAGACACAAUAAACUGUCUAUGUUGAUGUAGUGCAUGUUUGGGUUUCUCUGUUGUUGUUAGUGUUUUGUUUUUGUCAAUGGUGAAGGGCCUACAUUUUCAAGUGCAGUUUAUUUCACAAAAACUUCAACUUUCAAACUGUCAUUAUAGUUUUAUGUAACUCCUGGGACACAUGCAAUUGUCCCACUGUUUCAUGUUUUUAUUUGUUUCCUAUCAAACUUUAUUUAAGAUUCACACUUUUGUGUAAAUGUCUUUGAUCUGUGGAACAACUUGUCUUUUUAUUCAGAAUGGACUGCUUGUAUACUUUCUGUGAAGGUGACUACAGUCUUGGAAAAAAAUGGGUUAUUUCUCAAUAAAAAUCAAAGAAUGUUUUAAUUUCUCAACCCAUCUUUAUUAAGUGUG